CGACCAAUUUUCGUCGAACCAAAAUCAAUGACCAAUAAACGAAGCGUAGAUUCAGAACCAGUCUCAAAUCCAAACCCUGAAGUGAAGUUCAACGCGUUUGGUCAAGUCUACCACGUUCGUCUCCAACCAAACCGCUGGUUACUGAGACAAGGAUUAGUCGUUGAACGAGUCGCUGCAGAUGGAACGGUUACAGAAGAAGAGAUACAAGAUCGAGAUUGUUAUUACUUUGCUCACCUAUUAUCACACAGUAGUGAAUCUGCAGGUGCUCUCAGUACAUGUAACGGACUGCGUGGUUUAAUAAGCCAUGACGAUACUGACAUCUACAUUGCUCCGUUGAAAGACCAUCAUGCAAUGCGAUACCGCCGGGAGAUCGAAGACGUGAUCGAAGGCGAGCAAGCCCAUAUUGUGUAUAAACGAACAUCACGUACACGUCGACAAACUACGUCGUCAUCAUCAGAUGAUUACAUUGACGACAGUGAUGAUAACGACGAUGACAGCGAGUUCUACUCUUAUGAUGAUCAAAGGAGUGAUUUUCGCGGCAACGACACUUACAUGUACAACAAUGACACAUUCUGUGAGCAAGUUUUCGCACCAGUGGAUCUACCUGACCACUCCUUCCUGGAUCACGGAUCGGUGGAUGGUGGCAAUACGUCCGACUACGAACCAAACUUUGCCGAUAGGUUGGCCGCUGAUCAAGAAGACGGAGAUCAUUCCCAAGAAGGGGGUCAUAGAUACAUCGAGGUCUUCGUCAUCAUCGACGACGCCAUGGUCAGACAUCACAGAGAUGAUGUCAUGAAUUACUCCUUUGCUAUUAUGAACAUCGUUUCAAGAAGAUACAUUGAUCCUUCAUUGAACAAUGAAAUACGAAUGGCUAUCGUAAAAUUAGCAGUGACUGAAACCCAAGACUUGACGCUGAUUGGAAGGGAUGGUAGAAACCACACUCUGACGAUACAUGGUAAUGGCCCUGACCUAGUGGAUGACGUAUGUGGCUGGGCAAAUAUCUUGAAUCCCGCCAGCGUUGAUGAUCCCCUACACUUUGAUAACACAAUUCUCAUGACAAGGAGAGACCUGUAUACCGUCUCUGGAGGCCGUAAGAACUUUGGGCUGUUAGGAAGGGCACCUAUUGGGACGAUCUGUAGACGGAGUUAUUCUUGUAAUGUAAAUGAAGAAGAUGGGUUGGAAGCAGCACUAACAAUCACUCAUGAACUUGGUCAUAAUUUGAAUCUAUACCACGAUCCCGACUAUGGUUGUGAAAAUGGUCGACAUGUCAUGUCAUCCAUGAAGGUCGUAGGGGCUUCAUCCUUUAAAUGGUCUCAUUGUAGUGCAACCUACUUAGCACUGUUUCUCAAUUCUCACAAAGCAACAUGCCUUCUGGAUAUGCCUUCAACAGAUCAUCCGGAAGUCAAUAUGAUACCUAUAGAUCAAUUAGCAGGUACACAGUAUGACAGAUUGUAUCAAUGUAAAAAGGCCUAUGGAUCUGAUGUCCAUGCACUAUGUGGAACACGAGCUCAUAUUACUUGUGGACAAAUCGGUUGUAACCGGUACGGGUGGUGUUUGCAUAUUGCAGCCAUGGAAGGCACCAGCUGCGGAAAAGACAUGUGGUGUUACAGCGGGCACUGUCGUUCAUCUAUCGGGGGCAUUCCCGACCCCAUAGACGGUGGAUGGGGGGAAUGGGCGGAGGACUUCACCCCUUGUUCUCGUACAUGCGGUACAGGUGUUACUUACAGACGACGACCAUGUGAUAACCCUGCCCCUCGUUAUGGCGGCAAGGCGUGUGAAGGCCCGAUGUAUAUCAUGCACACUUGCAAUGAGAAUCCAUGUCCAGGUAUCCAGAAUGCAGACGAUUACAGACGAAGGGAAUGCUCCAAUUCCAAUUCUAUGGUCUACAAAUAUCGUACGUUUGAAUGGACCCCGGAUACGGAUGGCAAUAUUUUGGAUGAUUGGCUGUGCGCUUUGAAAUGCCAAGCAAGAAUAGGAAGUUAUGUGCUCGAGCAUAACCGACCACCAUAUAAAGUAUCGGGUGGAACUAAAUGCUGGAGUGAUGAACCAGAUGAGCUAAGACGAACCAGAAGAUGUGUCAAUAACGAAUGCAAAGAGUUCGGGUGCGAUCGGGUGUAUGAAUCGGGUAAAUUAUUCGACAGUUGUGGUGUUUGCGAGGGGACUGGAAGGACGUGCAAACGGGUGCAUGGAGCACUCCUAGAAAGGAUGCCAGUAAGGAAAAUGAGAUACUGGAGGUGGAUGGAGAUACCCGUUGGAGUUACGGGGGUGAAUAUAACAAACAAUGAUGCUUACAAUCAAGGUUUGGUUCUGAUGGUUGAUGGACGAACCAUUUUUCGCCCGACUGCUUUAAAAAGACAGGAUGCUAAACGAUUCACCGUGGAUAGUAUGUUAAUUCUCUUACAAAAUGACUAUAUGAAGUGGGAAAAACUUUGGAUUCUUUCUGGACCAACAACAAAGCCGAUAGCUCUUGACCUUUUAAAUGAACAUUUUAUUAUCAAACCAAAUGCUGAAAUUCGUGCGAACCCAACGUUAUUCUACGAGUGGUAUGAACCGAUCAGCGAGCCUGUCUCCUAUUAUUGGGUGUUACAUACGUUGACUGAGUGUUCGGUUACGUGUGAGGGAGGUAAUCAGACGUUUCAACCAGUUUGUGUUGAGGAUAUCAAUGGAACUCGUGUAAACGUAAGUGACAUAUUCUGUAAAGAUUCCCCUGUACCAUCAACCGUCUAUGAUUGCAAUACACUGCGAUGUCCCGGAGUGCUCUGGAUGAUAAGUGAUUGGGGUCAGGAGUGCUCUGUGACAUGUGGACAAGGCGUCUUCGAGCGUUUCGUUGAGUGUGUAGAAGGCUAUACCAUGGUGGUCAAACCGACCAUUGACUGCAUUGUAUAUCUGGGGUAUAGACCUGAUGCAACCUUGCCAUGUUCUCUUGAUCCAUGUCCUACCGUCAUUGCGACCACAUUAUCAGAGAUUACAAUGAACAUAUCAACAGAAACUGAAGGAGAAGCAUCUAUGUAUGGUGACGUACCAACUAACGAUACAGACUCGGGUCAAGGAGGAGGAGGGGUUGGAGGACUUCCACCAUUCAUUUCUAUACCAAAUACUGCUUCUUUUAACGAGUACAAUCUUUAUCUACUACUCACAGGUCUUUCGAUCAGUGCUUCAACAGCGUGUUAUAAACUUACAAUGCGAUCGUAGUGAUGCAACAAGACAAAUUUAUUGAAAGUAGAUCUUAGAUAUGAAGCUCCUUUCUAUGUAAAACUCGAAGUUUCAAAGCGAGCGUUAUCACUGACAUUAAUUGAACGAUUGAUGGAGCUAUUUUGCUGUAAACCCCACGAGUGCAUUAGAUAGUAACAUUUUCUAAAAUAAUGGUUGCCAUUGUUUUUAAAAUGGACAAGUAAAGGC